AUGACCGGUACCGCCCACAUCCUACCCAUCAGCGACCUGGUCCACUCGCGCGAUGUAGGGUCCAAGCUGCGACUCGCCGGCAUCGUCACCGCGGUCAACCCCACCAAUGCCUCUUUAAUCGUCCUCAGCGACCCCUUCCCAUCUCCCAACUCCGAUCCAGGCUCUCUGUUGGUCGACCUCUCCCUAUGCACCGACCAGUCCGGCACCACAGGUGCGGGAUGGCACAAGUCCCACCCCCAGCUCGUACCGCCUCCACUCAAGGGUAUGAUCAUGGUCAUCGGCCAUCUCAUCCGGCGCGAGGUUGCCAUCGACAUCGACUUUCUUCACAACCAAACGCAACGCGGGUGGGACGGCGUGCAAACGAAUGAUGCGCUGCCGCACUUUGAAAACGACGAAUGGGACCUACCAAACCGAUUCUUCGUCCUGGAAGCCAUCCUGAUCAAACCGCUCGAUCACACAUUCGAUCUCCGACUCUGGAACCACACUGCCCGACUCCGCUCACAGCACGAAUGGCAGAUGCACCAUCUCGACGCUCCUAGCACCGACAAAAAGGGCAAGCGUAAAGCCCUUGACUGA